AUGCUGACGAACUCUUCUGCCGUUACGACCUCGGGCGAAGGUGGUAUGCGGAAAUAUCGGCUAGAGGUCGGUGUCAAACGGCUGACUGACCUCGUGGACAUGAGUUCAUCAGCUCGUAUUGUUUUCUCGGUCCGUCUUCCCCACUUUCCGGAGAUUUAUAUUCAGCCACAAGUGCGAGGUGGCGGAGCUGCUGUUGAGUUUUCUCCUGCAGGUGAUCGCGUUCUUUCUGUAACGUAUAAUGCUUGUCAUAGGGCCGAAUUUAGCUUGAGCAACAGGGACUGCCGCACCAUGUUCCCCACGCAAUGUUGCUGCCGUUUGUACGAUGAAUCACUCUCCGAAGUUGCCAUCGCAAGCUCCUCAUUGACGUGGUUGUGCCCCUGUCCACUGGUAGAGCAGCAAGUUGCGAAAGAACUGCGAUGUUCAAAUUUUGAGAUGCGUACGGUGGGUGGUAAAGUGAUGGGUGUUGCAGAGAUGACUUGUCGGGUUGUUCCGGUGGAAUGCGCUGUCGUUGCACCCGUUUCACCUUCUCCAGUGGCCCCCGUCAAUUCCACUCCUAUCGCUUUAACCGGUUCAUCAGAUAUUAUUUCUAUCGAUGGUAAAGCGUACGUUAUUCGUGUUAUCAUCGACAGCAGGAUUUUCAAGCGAAAGGGGAAAAGGAAGGUUGGAACCACGCACCGCCAUCGCUCAAAUCGUAAAGAGCCACGUAUUGGGGGACAACCCGCCCCCGCGAUCGCGGCACCGCCAGCGCGAGAGGUAUUGCGACCGGACGAAGGCGAGGUUUUGCCCCGAGAAGCGCUACGGGAAGUGAAGCAGGAGGGUCAGGACUUACAUGCAAGUAGUCACAUGCACGAAGGAGCAAUGGAAGGGGUUCAGAAGGGUACCUUCCUUUACUUUCUGAAGUACGAUGUGGCAUACCAGAUUCAGUCAAAUUGCAUGAUGUUUUAUACUACCUUGAAGCGCGAGUUCGCUACCUUAGAUGAGUUCACCAUAGACGACAAGGCAAGAAAUGACGCCGAUAGAAUUGAACGCCUUGCUCAGAAUGUACUGAGGUUGUCAAACAUCGUACUUCAACUUGCGACCCAGUUCGUUACUUCAGCAGGAUUCAGCAAAGCCGAAAUAACUGUGAGAGAAAACUGUGGUACUUCCGUAGAGAAGCUUCCUCCAUCCAAAAAGGGAAGCGUUGCCGACUUUAUUGUUAACAAAGUAUUGUAUCAGUUGCAAACUGUAGGGGCAAAUCUUUAUCAUAUAGCCCUGGCGUAUCCUAAACCGUUGGUGGUUUCGCUUUCUUCAUUGACCCCUCAACAUACAAAAUUCAUGAAGGACCUGGCUAUGGACAUCAAAUCGCUAACAAAACGGGUUAAUAUAAUGGUGCAGUCGACUGUGAAUGGAAACUUUGGUGUGAGGGGUGCAUUCUCGAAAGUGGCUUCCACAACGACCAGGAGGUCUUCAAGAAGCUCAGGCGACGGUAUCCCUGGCGGAAGGGAGCGGAUAAAAGCAAAUGAAGAUGUCACACAGGGCCAGAUAAUCAAUGAAAGUACCGCACCCAGAAGGAAACCUGGUAUCGUUGCCACUGGGGAAGAAAAGGGGAGCGCGAAUCCCCCUGAGGUAGAAACUAGUGGUGGUGCCAAAAAGAAAAAGGCCGAUAGCAGUAACGACAGCAGUAGUACAUUGAGCACUAGCCGAAGUCGCAGCGUUAGUACUGCUACUGCUAGUAGUAGUAGCCUCAGUGACUCAGGCAGCAGUGAUCAGAGCAUCGGUAGUUCCAGUAAGAGCAGCACUUCGUAUACAGAUUCGUUCACUACUACCCAAUCAACUGGUGGUGGGAGCUCGACUGUGGAGAGCAUUCCUUCAACGCGAUCAAGUAAAAGGUUUCAGCCGACUGUCAUUUAUACUCCGGUUGUGCCAAACGUCACAUUGCAGCCUCAAUCUUGCGGCGAAAAACCGGCUGCUGUCGCUCCUGGAGGGGUCCCCGUAUCACUGCAGUCGAUUCCGCUGGCGUUAUCUGUGCCACCCUUCUCGUCUACUGUUGGCGUGCCCCAACCAGCUGUAGCUGUAAGCUCUGGAAACCCUUUGCCAACGUCCACCGCGUCUGCCACCACGACAACCACCACAACGUCGGCAACAACAACAACUAGCACAACCAGUGUCACCGCAACUCAGUCACCAAGCCAGAGUGCAACGAGCAUCCCUGCAGUGGCCCCAGUGGCUCUCGGCGCACCGCACACCAGUGGAGUCGCGACCACAGGUGGACUUGCGUUGAGCACAGCAGCGCCAUCUGUGCCCAUUCCUGUCGCCCCUGCUACUGUAUUAUCUGCCGGCACGUCAACAAUGGCGGCAGCACUAUCAGCAAAUCAUUCCGGCACCAGUGCUGCUGCAGCGUUGCCGGUGCCUCUGAUAAGUCAGUUACCUAUUGGGGUGUCUGCGUCGACUGAAUCUGUUAUGAACGUUGCCGCCUCGUCAAUGAAUUCGAGUAUACCACUACCCACCCCUGUGGUACCUGUCAUCAGGUCCCCUACAACGCCAACGGUUCAAUUUCCUCCGUCACCAGGUUACAGUGCGAGGGGCGUCCCCACAGCGGUACCGGCACCACAAGCUGCUGAUGCAAACGCCUCUUUGGCCGGGCCAAAUUUGAGUUUUUCGAUUCUACCCGUGCCCGUACCGAAGUCGCCUACUGCAAUGCCGCAGCCACCGGCCCUGAGUUCAGCACAUUUGGCUUCGCCGCCGCCGCUGCCGCCAUCAGCCCGAGUGAGUGCAAGUGCUUCGCUGUCGUUAUCCACACCCGGCAAAGGGGACAGUGUGUUUACGCCCUUACCGCUACCUUCGCUUCCGUCGGCGUCGCCGGUGUCGCCCAGUAGUACACCUGAAGGUGUACGGGGCGGUGCUCUCGUGGUGUAA